UUUUGCUGUGCUGUAUACAUGUAUUGUGUAUCCAGCAAUAUAGUUAUUUCAGUAGCCAGUAGGGAUCAUAAUCAGCAUUAUCUGAGUCAUAAUACAAUAUUAUAUAGUGGUUGGGUCCUACAAAUCUUGGCUCCCUUUAGGUAUAUUUUUAGUGUUCCUAGGAAUAGAUGAUUGUUCUUAGAACUCGCAGCCUUGGAAAUGGAGAAGUGUGGCUGCUUUCUCUUUUCUGCUUUGGUUUCUUCUCUCCUUGUUGGACUGGAAGAAGAGGACAAGAAUGACAAGACAGCCAAGCAAAAUAUGUAUUUAUUGCCCUUUCCACUUAUAUGUCUCUUUAUAACUCUUACUCUUCUCCUCCCUUUGAGCCUCUAACUGUUGAUGUUGCAAGAAGACCAUACUGCUCUAGGUCCUUCAGAAACUUAAAUUUGAGUGAUCAAGCAUGCUAGCAGCACAGAGCAACCCAAUGCACAAUCGGCAGUCUCGCAACGAUGCUUCCACACAGCAUAGAAGUGGCUAUGAACCUUCAGACACAGAAACUGAGUGGCAUGAAAGCCCUUGGAAUGAUGCAAUAUUGAAAUCACAGAGGACUCGGUUCACUAAAGAUCCUGGUCGGAAUCCCCAAGUUGGUGCUAGAAGGCAAAACACAUCCCCAAACCGUGGAAAAGAGCAUCCUGAUGAGAAAACUUCAAAUAUGAGAAACAACCGUACUCCUCCCAGGCUCACAGAACAAAGGCACCAAACUUCCCCAUACGCUGGUGGAAAAAGUGAAUCACGCAAGAAGAGCAACCGAACGCCCCCCAAAGUUCGGUCUUCUAUGGAUAGAUUUAGCCGUUCAUCAAUCAAGGAGAAGAUUUCCCGUCGGUCAAUUUCUACACCGAAACUACGAGCACAAGAGAAGGAACAUCCUUCUAGAGUUCCUGCUUUCCAUGGCACCCCUGUCUCAAAACAGGCAGAAAGAGACUCAACUGAUUUUAUGAAAGCAGAUUCACAUACAGAAAACUAUUCACAAGAGAUCAAUAAAUUGAUCACCAAUGGCAAUUCGCCGAAUUCUAGGAAAAAUGAGUAUAUAUGUACAAGCACAGAGUCUACAAGUGACAUCUUCUUUUCCCGUGAUUGUAGGGCUCCUCUUGAGAAAACAUCCGUAAAGCAUAAUAAUAUCGACGAAUCAUUUACCUCUGAUUCACAUGUUGAUGCUGAUAAUGACGGUGCUGUUACUCAGUCAAAUAGCAGUAAUUUGGUCAGGACGUCACAGUUUGUUUCAGUCCGGACUGGUCUUUCACGAAAAACUACAAACACCAGCUAUGCUACUGGUCGGCAUUCCCAAAUUAGCCGCACCACCACUUUGAGUAGCCAUGCUGACAGAUUUAGUGGGGACAGUGGAAAGUUCAGUGAUUUCACUGGGAAACUAGUUGGAGGUGUCAUGAAAUUCACCUCCAACAUGCAGAAGGCGCAAAAUGAUGCUUGGCUUCCCUGUAUGACUGGAAAGUUAUGCCGUAAACCAAGAUCACCGAACAGCAAAGCAGUUGAUGAAUCCGAAUCAACUUUCAUUCAAAAGGCAAUCGUCGUAGAGAAGAUAAGACUUUUCUGGGCGGAUAAAUACCGUCCACGAACUUUGAGUGGAUUUACUUGUCACAGGGAGCAAAUUCAACAGCUUAAACAAUUGGUUUCCCCUGAUUUUUGCCCUCAUAUUAUUCUCAAAGGGCCUCCGGGAUCAGGAAAGAGGUCGUUGUGCAGAGCCAUACUCACAGAGAUCUUCGGCGAUUCGUCUCUAAAUGUAUCUCACGAUUUGAAGAGUUGCACUGGCCCGGGGUCUGCAUCUGUGCCCAUCCUUGUCCCGUUAUCAUCAAGUGAUCACCAUGUCGAACUCGAUAUGAGGUAUCAAUCCAAGAAUGCUAGAUAUGCUUUGACAGCUCUGGCGAAUGAAAUACCAAAUAAGCAUAAAACCGCGGCGAUAGCUCCGAGAAAGAACUUCAAAGUAAUUGUUCUCUAUGAUGUUGACAAAGUUAGUGAGAAUAAUCAACGUUUGAUAAAAUGGAUAAUUGACUCCUCCUCUGAUGCAUGCAAGAUAAUAAUGACUUGCAAAGAUGAGCCCAAUCUUCUUGAUUCCAUUAUCAGCCGUUCCAAGAUUAUUAGCAUUGAUAUGCCCAAUGCACGUGAGAUUGUGGAGAUUCUUACUUACAUAUCAAAAAGAGAGAAUUUUGAUCUUCAUGCAAGUUUUGCUGCUACCAUUGCAACUCAAUCUAGGCAGAACAUGAGGGAGGCGAUAUUGGCUCUGGAGGCAUGCAAAAGCAACAAUUACCCCUUCAUUGAUGGACAAGCUAUACCACUAGGAUGGGAGAAUGUUCUUCAGGAACUUGCAGCAGAUAUUUUAGAUGACCCUUCUCCAAAAAGGUUGUUUUUGGUACGAGGCAAGCUCCAAAAGCUCUUGGUUGAAUUCGUACCCCCUAAACUUAUUCUCCAGAAAAUGGUAGAGCUGUUCCUGAAGGGAAUUCAUGCUACCAUAAAGAGGGAAGUUUAUUAUUGGCAUGGCUACUAUGACAAGAGGUUGCCGGCUGGUGCAAGUGCACUGCUGAAACUGGAAGAAUUUAUUGCCAAGUUCAUGAGCAUCCACCGGAAGAGCCUGCCAGGUGUUUCAUGACUCCCAUACCCGCAAGCAUUUCAGCUGCAGCUGGCAGUUGCUUUUUUGAUCAUGGAGCUGGUUUUCGUCUUUUGGAUUGGGGCAACAGAAAUGUACAGAGAAUAAGUCUGCUGAACAAAGCAGGGGUGAAAUGAGUGUGUUGUGCAGUUAGUCUGUGUUACAGACGCUUUUGUGCAUUUGGCCGUUGGACUCGACCAACGGGAUGAUGCAUUUGUACAUUGUUACUGGAUUUUAAAAGUACAUGAAAUAAGCUCUUUCACAGGCGCUGGGAACA